AUGGAGCUCGCGAACCCCGUGACGCGCGGCGGCCAGGACGUCACGUUCACGGUGCUCGGCGCCGAGGCGCCGCUCCUCAAGACGCUCAAGAACGCCGCGCAGGAAACGAUCCUCGCGGAUCUCAAGCUCACGCCCGUCGCCGACUCGGACAAGUUUACGUUCGUCCUGCCCAAGGCCAAGGCUUCGCCCGGCCUCUACAAGCUCCAAUUGCUCGAUGGCAAGAAGAGCAAGGUCCUCCAUGCGACGCUGACGACCGAGGUCGAGGUCGCGUCCGCCGUCGUGCAGGGCAAGGCGCUCAAGCAAGGCGAGAAGCUCAAGUCGGUGCCGCAGCUCGUGUCGGCGUCGGGCGAUACGUUCUCGGUCGAGGUCAGCUUGAAGGCCAAGGGCAGCAAGACGCCGCUUCUCGCGCACCAGGCUUUCUUGCGCUUUACCCAAGGCGCCGUCGACACGACGUUUGUGCUCUUGGCGUCGGCGAACAAGAAGACGCUCUCGGUCGCGGUCAACAUUGGUGCCGAGAGCAAGAAGUUCUCGUAUCUCUCGGGCGUCCACGCGGUGCAGCUCAUCCUGGGUGACACGACGUUCGAGAAUGCGAUCGUGUGGGACCUCGGGUCGGUCGACUUGACGCUUGGCGCGGCGCCCAUUGAGCCGCUCUCGCCGCUCUACGCCAAGCCCCUCCUCCACGAAAGCGACGUGACGCUGACGGCGCUGCCCGAGAUUGAGCACGUCAUGCGCGCGCAGGACUCGCGCCCGAGCCUCGCGGUCUCCAACCUCUUCACGCUCAUCGUCGUGUCGCCCCUCGGUGGGUUUCUGCUCUUCCUCCUCGGCUUUGGGGCCAAGCUCUCCAAGUUCCCGUCGGGCGUGCAGGCCAUCUUUGCGCUCGGCUUCAUCGCGUCCAUGGGCUCGAUCCUCGGUCUCUUUGUCGUCUACUGGCUCCAGCUCACGAUGUUUGCGACGCUCGGGUACCUCGCGAUCCUCACGGUCGUCGCGCUCUUCUUUGGCCACCAAGCCUUAGGCCACCUCGCAUCGCAGCAGGCCGACCACACCACCAAGUCCAAGAAAGAGUAG